CUUGAAAGAAACAAGAAACAACACCACCUUAACCACUCUCUUCAUUAUCAUCUUUGCCUUCUUCUACAUAUUACUGUUACUUUUCGAUCUAGUUAAGCUUUUUCAGUGUGACUCCAAUUAAUUUCUAAGGAAGCAAAGAUUAUUAAAGAUGAUGCAAAUCUCCUCCACCAACAAGUACUUGCCUGAAUUUGGAAUGGAUGAGUCGGUUUUCUUCCAUAAUCAAUACCCAAUGAUGGAUUCAUCAACAAUCACAUCAUCUCCAUCACCAUGGCCGCAGAUUCUUGAUGAUAUUGACUUCAACCAAAUCCAAGAGUCUUUCUCUUCAGCUUCAUCCCCAAAGAGCUACACCUCAAACAAGCGCUUCAACUCUUCUUCCGCCGCCGGAACCACCAUGCCACAAAGCUCUUUCUCACCAAUUGAAAGACCAACUAAGCAACAAAAAAAUGCUUAUAGCCAUGGGAUUAGUACUAAUACCACUACUACUACCAGCAAUGAAUUCAUGGUUCCCAAAGCUUCUUCCUCUUCUUCUUCCCAAAUCAUCUCGUUCGAGCAGCACUCGAACGCCUCUUCUUCGGUUGCUUCCUAUAACCACCAUCAUCAGCAACUCUACAAUAAUAACCCUUCUUCAAAUCAGGGUAACCAUGUUUUGAGGCCCAAGACUGAGAGUGUGUGCAGUGAGAAUUUGGAUUUUGCCACUGUGGUUUCUCAUGCUGAUUACCUGAGUGGUUAUGAUAAGGCCAAUAAAGGUUCCGCGGCGGCGGCCACCACCAGAAACCCAACUCAGGCCCAAGAUCACGUCAUUGCCGAAAGAAAACGAAGGGAGAAGCUCAGCCAGAGGUUCAUUGCACUUUCCGCCAUUGUUCCUGGACUCAAGAAGAUGGACAAGGCUUCUGUAUUGGGAGAUGCUAUCAAAUAUCUGAAGCAACUGCAAGAAAAAGUGAAGAUUCUAGAAGAGCAAGUUGCUGAAAAAACCGUCGAAUCCGCAAUUUUCGUGAAGAGAUCCAUCCUCUUCGCAGAAGACAAUGGAUCUUCUUCGGAGGAGAACCCGGAUCAGAAAAUCCCGGAGAUAGAAGCAAGAAUUUCAGGCAAAGACGUUCUCAUUAGAAUCCACUGUGACAAACACAGUGGAAUAGUGCCAAAAAUAAUCAACGAGAUUGAGAAGCAUGAUCUCAGUGUUCAAAGUAGUAGCUUCUUGCCCUUUGGGAACAACUCACUUGACAUCACCAUUGUUGCUCAGAUGAAGAAGGAAUGCACAUUGACAGCAAAAGAUAUAAUAAAAGGCUUAAAUCAGACUUUGAAGCAGCUGAGUUGAUAUUGAUGACUACACCAAAAAUAAUGAAUAAUAAUAAUAAGCUAAAUAAUUAAUUUCACAGUAACAAUUUUUUUCAUCGCAGUGCUUUCUUUUUCUUCUGUGAUAUGUUGACUAUUCUGGUGUACCUUAAUUAUUUCUCCAUACACAGUUUACUUGGAUCAGUGCUGAGUUCAACAGAGAUAAAAGGCCAAUGUGGUUUUUUUGCGUAGUUAUGUAUAGAGGAAUACUAUAUGGUAGGCUACGUUAAUAUACGCCCCACCACAAUGGCAUUUUCAAUGUUCAUAUCUUAGCAACUUUAUCUUUUUUUUUUUUUUUUAUGAGGGAAUUUUUUAGAGGAUUUGACUAUUGUGAUAGAUCUCUUUAUUCCCUCUUCCACGUUGUGAAUUAUAAUUAUAGAGCAGGCUGUGUUUUUGUAUUGGUCCCAUUUGUGUCGGUUUGUGCCUCUGUCACUUUUGUAUAAAAUUACUUUCAAUAUUGAUUGGAUA